AUGUUUGCCGAAGAGCCAACGCAGCUUCAAACGGAGGAAGACGACCUAAAGAGGGGAGAUGGAUUCAUCGUUGGAGCCGCUUAUAGUGGCCCAGAUUUCCAGCCGCGCGAGCCUGUUGCGAUAGGGGAGCCUCCACUAUUUGCAAUGCAGAAUGUCUCCAUCUUGCCGCCGCAGGCCCGGAAGCCAAUUAGUUCAGCUUACCGCCAAUUCACUUCACAGAUGCAGAAAGCUGCAGUGGAGUACUGCACAACGAACAACUUGAACUGCAGCGAACAGCAUGCCCUCCAGACAGCUAUUUCUGUGGCACUGAGGACAUCUCCGGCAGCCUCCAUGUUCAGGCAGAUCUCAGCAUCUCUCAGUGCAGUUGAGGUAAUGAUGCAUUAUAUACUGCCUCGAAAGCUGAACUGGAGAGAUGGCUCUCCUGAGGAGCUUUGUUCGCGUCACGAAAAGCCCGCAGCCACUAAUACCCCUGGACACCAGUACAUUGCCCAUGAACCAUACAACCUCGACGGCGGAUACCACUUGACGUCGAGAUUGGGGAGCUCUCUUUCGUUCGAGAAAAUAAUACCUACGAUUGAUCCUCUGGACAGGUCGUCUAAUAUGCUGUAUCUGUACAAAUCCGAAGAAGGCAAGACUGCCAGCGAGAUACUGAAGUCUUCACACGUGGCAGUCAGCGCCAUCCCGGUAUAA